AUGGCGCCGCAGCUGCCGGCGGCGGCAGUUGGCACAGGCGACGGUUCGAAGGACAAGAAGCUGCGGUUCGAGGCGGCGUCCGCGGCGCGACAGCAUCCCUAUAAGGAGCAGCAGAAGUACAUCUACGCCGAUGCGGUCUGCUGCGCCCGUACCUGGCUCGGGGUCUGCGACGGCGUGUCCGGGGUGCAGAAGAUGGGCAUCGCCCCGGACGUGUUGCCGCGGGAGCUGCUGGCGCAGUGCCAGCGGCUUAUGGACACCACCACCCGGGAGAUGAACAGUGCCUGGGUGCUGUCCCUGCUGCAGGACGCCUUUGCCGCGACCCACGCGCAGGGCGCAACUACGGUGCUCCUCGCGUGUUUGGACGAGUCCCAGCGAGUGGCGCUCAUUACUUUAGGCGACUGCGCGCUGCUGGUGCUGCGGCCCAGCAACGGGGACGACCUGCGCUGCACCUUCCGAUCCCAAAGGGUGAUGAUGGGUGAGAAGACCCCGGCGCAAGUGCUGCGGCUGCCUCACCAAAUCACUGGGGAGCAGAAGGAGCUGAUGGAGGAUUGCCGUCUCGACACCGUGAACGUCAGGCACGGGGACUUGUUGGUCCUGGGCUCGGAUGGGCUCUUCGACAACCUCUCGGAUGAGGCCAUCACGGACAUCCUGCAGAAGCACUGCACCCAGGGGGACCUGGAAGAGUCCCCCAAGCACCGGAACCGACCCCUGGUCCAACAGCUGCCGGUGUUGUACAAGAGCCGCGCCCUGCCCUCCCAGAGCCAGCUGCAGCAAUCCGCCAUCGGCCUUGUGGAGGCCGCCAUCCAGAAUGUGGUCAUGGUGGCAGACGGGUCCGUGCCACUGGUGGCGCGAGGCAACCCGGACGACACCACAGCCAUCGUCGCGCUCGUGGUGGAAGAGGGAAAGCUGCCAGACAGCGACUCUGAGGUGGAGCUGCACGACGUGUAUCCCCACGCGGAGGCCUUGCUGGCCAAGGGGGCCUGCGCAGACCGGGGCGUGUGCUCCGCGGGCUGGUGGGGCCCGGUAUGCUGCACCAGCGCGCACAUCGACCGCGAUGACAACGAGGAAUCAGACCAGUCCGGCAGCGACGCCCAAAGUGAUCUCCGACAGCCCACACACUGCACCGUGAGCUGA